UUCAUAGCGCAGGCAUAAUAUGACAAAAAUUAGCUAUCAACCAGUCGAGCAAGUAGCGAAGCGCAUUCGCCAACAUACUUCCGGUCACGUUGUUCUUACGUAGUAUAACGUUCCCAAUAUGGCCGCCUCCAUAGUCCAUGAUGCCGAGAUGAAUGUCGCAAACUUUGCCUUGUCUGCUAAGCGAGCUGUAUCAGCUCUCCCCCCUCUGGCACUGCGGAUAGUGGCGGAGUGUCCGGUGAGCAAAGCCCGGGCAUGUGAUCUCGCCCUUCCUCACUCCACGGUCAACACGCCGGUGUUUAUGCCCGUGGGGACGCAGGGAACUCUGAAGGGAAUAACGGUGGACCAGCUUGAAGCGCUCGGAUGUCAGAUAUUUUUGGGGAACACUUAUCACCUGGGGAUGAGACCGGGACCAGAGCUCAUUGAAAAAGCAAACGGGUUGCACGGCUUCAUGAACUGGAAAGGAAAUCUGCUUACGGACAGUGGGGGAUUCCAGAUGGUGUCCCUGGUCGAGCUAUCAGAGGUGACAGAGGAAGGUGUUAAGUUUAAGUCACCUUAUGAUGGCCAGGAGAUUCUGCUCACACCAGAACAAUCCAUAGCCAUCCAAAACAGCCUAGGCUCUGACAUCAUCAUGCAGCUGGAUGACGUGGUAAGCAGCACCAUCUCUGGGCCGCGGGUGGAGGAGGCCAUGUGGCGCUCCAUCCGCUGGCUGGACCGCUGCAUCGCUGCCAACAAGAAUCCGCACCGGCAGAACCUGUUCGCCAUCAUCCAGGGUGGGCUGAACGCUGACCUGCGCAAGGCCUGUCUGGAGGAGAUGACUAAGCGGGAUGUUCCUGGGUUCGCCAUCGGUGGGCUGAGCGGAGGAGAGGAGAAGGAUGACUUCUGGAAGAUGGUGACCCUGAGUACUGACCACCUUCCCCGGCACAAACCCCGCUACCUCAUGGGAGUCGGCUACGCGGUGGAUCUGGUCGUCUGCGUGGCUUUAGGUUGCGACAUGUUUGACUGCGUCUUCCCCACCCGCACAGCGAGGUUCGGCUCAGCCUUGGUCCCCUGGGGAUCACUGCAGCUCAAACAAAAGCAGUACGCGAAGGACUUCCAGCCCAUAGACCCAGGCUGCUCUUGCGCCACCUGUAGGAGGCACAGCCGGGCGUAUCUCCACGCCCUUUUCAAGUGCGACACUGCGGCUCUGCACCACAUCACCAUCCACAACGUGGCCUAUCAGCUGUCACUCAUGAGUGCCGUGCGGGAGAGCAUCGUGGGAGGCCGGUUCCCCCAGUUUGUACGGACGUUCAUGAGGCGCAUGUUUCCCUCGCCGGAGCAAUACCCCAGCUGGGCUGUGGAGGCGCUGGCCUCAGUCAACAUCACCCUGGACUGCGUGAGCAAGGAUGAGAGAAACUGAGUGAAGUGGACAGUAUUGGACUUUCCCCAGGAACCAAAACAGUACACAGGAGCUGGAAACCUGGUUACCACUGUUUACGCAAGACUGUAUAUUUAAACUUUUUAAUGUUUUUAAUCCGCGAUAUUUGGAAACCAAUGGAAAGGUUUAGAAAACGAUCAGUGUAAAACUCUAAAGCACCAUGUUUCACACGCAUAGUUAUAUGAAAAUACUCCCGUUCAUUCUUUUUCAAUUAUCACUUUUUUUUACCAGUUGAUCUGAUAGAUUUAUACAGAUUUGUUUAUAGAGAUUUAAGGAUCGGCGGGUUUGGUGUGGACGUAGGGCGAUUGAGGCGAGUGGCGCUGUUGCCAUGGCGACCCGCGCUGCCGACGCGUUUGAGAACAUGCCCUCCUUUGCAUGUCCAUCUCCACCUGCUGCUGUUCCCUGAAAUACCAAGAGGUCGACGCUGGUUAUGAACGAUUAAAAACGGAUUCAAUAAUAAAAAUGAACCAUAAUCGCUUUUGCGGCUCCUCUUAAGCGCAAAAGUUUGUGGCAAAUUAAGGGUUUCCAUUAAGUAACGAAGUUUUGAUACACGGUGAGAUAUGUGGUAUACUUUGU